CCCGGAUCGUGCACACAUGUGAGAAAGGGGGCUCUCAAAUAUCUAGGGCCGACCGUGGUGGCUCCUGUGUCCUAGCUGUCCCUGCGUCUCCGCCCUUCCUUCCUUCCUUGCAAGUUCCAAGCAGCGAGAGAACCGAGCAGAGAGAGAGAGAGGAUCAUGGCGACGGCGGAGGCGGUGGGUGGGGAGAGGUGGGUGGGCCUGGCGGUGGACUUCUCGGAGGGGAGCCGCGCGGCGCUGCGGUGGGCGGCGGACAACCUGCUCCGCGCCGGCGACAGCCUGCUGCUGCUGCACGUGCUCAAGGACCCCGACUACGAGCAGGGGGAGACCCUCCUCUGGGAGGCCACCGGAUCCCCUCUGAUCCCCCUCUCCGAAUUCUCUGAACCUGCAAUUGCAAAGAAAUACGGGGUGAAGCCUGAUGCUGAAACACUGGACAUGCUUAACACUAUAGCCAAGCAGAAGGAGAUUACGGUGGUUUCGAAAGUCCUGUGGGGAGAUCCCCGUGAGAAGCUGUGCCAAGCUAUCCAUGACAUCCCCAUGAGCUGCCUGGUUAUAGGGAGCAGGGGCCUUGGCAAGCUCAAGAGGGUGCUCUUAGGCAGCGUGAGCGAUUUCGUCGUGAACAACGCUGCCUGCCCGGUCACGGUUGUCAAGCCAGCGGCGACCACCAAUGCCUGAUCAUAUUGUUCAAAAUACCUGCAUGUGUUUCUGUCUGCUGAAUGAUCCAGCUAGCUGAAACUUAUUGAACCAUACAGUAUUAUUUGUAAUAAAUAGACAAUUAGCCUGCUGAAGAAAACCUGUUGUAAAUUUGUGCAUGUGUCCUGGACCUGUGUGCUUAUCUUCAGUCAAGCUGCACCAACGGCUGUUUGUUCUAUGAGUCAAGUUAACAGUUUCUAGUAUGUUCUAUAUUGCCCUAGUGUCCUGCCUGGGCUACCAAUUUUAAUAUACAUGGCAGAUGCUUAAAACUU